GCCCAUAAAGGAUAUUCCUAUCGGCCAAUCAGCGAGCGCCUACGUGUCACGUGGUUUUGUAUUUGUAUAAUGGAAGAGUGUGUGAUAGUAAUAAUACAAUGUUUAAUAUUAUCUUUACUUUAUGUAUGUAGUUUGUACGUUUGGAAAUAUAGAUAUGACAGAGAUCACCCAUCGACAAUAAAACGAAGAUUCGUCAGCGUAACAAUCGUAGCUUUGAUAUCGCCGAUAUACUUAUAUUUUUGCUUGAAUCAGAAAUAUCUUUCCAAAAAUUCAUUAUGGGAUCUGUUGGGAUUACGAAUACCAGGAAUCUGGCAAGCUACCUUAUACCCUCUGCUACUGACUGUGAUCUUAUUUUUAGGACCUAUUGUAUUUCAAAUAGUAAAUGGCUCCUGUGCCAUGUACGCAGAAAAAGAAUACUGGCUGUCAAGUUUUAAAGACGUUGUAUGGAUUCGAACCCAUGUAGUAGCUCCAGUAUCCGAAGAGCUGACCUAUCGAGCUUGCAUGAUACCAUUACUGUUACAGUGUUUUCAACCAUUACUAACCAUAUUCGUCUGUCCGGUGUUUUUCGGAGCUGCUCAUUUUAAUCAUUUUCUCGAAAACUUGAAAGCUGGAGUGGAGCUAAAAAAGAGUCUCGCGAUAACCGCGUUCCAGUUCUUCUUCACCACAAUUUUCGGAGCUUACUGUACGUUUCUGUUUCUACGAACUGGGCACUUAGUGGCACCCAUUGUCACUCAUAUGUUCUGUAACCACAUGGGAUUCCCUGAUUUACUCGAACCCUUAUCGUAUUCAGGAUUCAAACGAUACGUUUUGUUUUUCACCCUCAUUCUAGGGUUCGCAAUUUGGUGCCUUUUACUGAUGCCGAUCACUGCACCGGAAUUGUAUUCUAAUACGUUGUUUUGGAAUUAUAAUUACUCCCAAGCUGAGAUCAACUGAUAUCAAAUGCACAGUAUUUUAUACCUAUCUAUUUAGAAAAUUAUACGAUUAUUGUUUUUUUUUUUUUUACUAGUCUUUUUUACGAGCUUAGAUAAAUUUAAAAGUUUUCAAACCUUAAUGGAUUCUUUCGAGUAAUCUUUGUGUUUAAUGUUUUGUGAUUUCAUUAUUAAUAUUCGAUUUACUUAGUGUUUAUUACGAUGUUGAUUUUGUUCUGUUUUUCUAACUAUAUUAUAUUAUUACGUAGGGAUAUUAUUAUUACUGAAUUUGCAUUUAUUAUUCUUAAAUUGGUUUAUUCUUUUUUGAUACGAUUUAAUCAAGAGUCUGAUAAUAGCAAUAUGUUAUAAAAUUUCAAUCCUUAUUAUAAAUUUUGCUCAAAC